AUGCAGCGUCUAGACGCGUACAAUACCUGGAAUAGAAUCAAUCGCCGCCAGGACACCGAGAAGCUCUGGACAACGGCCGCCCUGCUCGCGGAUCUCGGUCUGGCUCCUACAUACGGACACGGGCCCUCCCAGCAUAACCAGAGACUCCUGGCGCAAGACAGGGACGGCGAGGAGUCAUCCCGUGGAGCCUGGACUUUUCCGCCUGAGACGCCCCCGCCGUUCUUCCCGUCAUUUGAGAUCCCAGCUGGAGCUCAAGAUGUGUGCAGUGAUGUAUGGGCCCCGCCGUCGCCUCCCGCAGACACCGAAGCUACAACGGCGUGGGCCCUUGCGUCCAAGCGUUGGAGAUGGCAGCCGCAGCAAUGGGUCUACUUCCAUCACGUCGCCUCGGCCAUCAGUACGGAUCGCUUGCCGCCCUCGCACCCCCUGGCAGACUUCAAGCCGUGUCGCCGGCUGGGUGUGUAUAUCUGGGACUCGUGGCGCAUGUACCGUCUCGGGCUGUGCGAGGGAGUUCGGGGUUCGGGCGGAAUUGUGCCCACGCCAGAUGGUGAUAGUUACGGACCAUCAACUGGGGAACCAGGGGGCGUUGAUUAUUGGGCUAGGUGGGUGGCGCUGAUUGGGAAGAUGUGA